CUCCGUUACGCAACACGCAAGACAACCUGAAGAUCUCAUUGUCACUGCUUGGGCGACGAGGAUGGACGUCAAACCCAGCGUCUGCGUUGGAAGCCCGUGCACUGGAGAGUAAAUGCACGCAAAACAUGCCUCGCCUCGUCCGUCGAACGCCCCUGCUAGAACGUAUGAAAGCUUACCUCGACCCAUACGACCUUCUGCUGUGGUUUGCGGAGGAGCUGAAUGACGAUGUGUACGACGAGUGGCUGCAAGCAUGGGCAACACCAAUCGGCGUUGCUUUCAAUAUAAUCUUCAUCCUCGCACGCGGAGCUAGCAAGGCCGGUCAAGUUCGAAGCAGAGACGAUGUGUUCGGCGAGGCAGGAAGCAGCGGAUGGCUCGCCUGGUUUGCCACCUUCCUUGUGCACUCGCUGACCCUGCUUUGCUGCAUCAACACCCUCUUCACGUUCCUGCGAAGGCGCAACUACCGCCUUUUCGAGCAGCCGGUUGACGUUGCUCCUGCGACGCCAUCCGCACACCGAGUUCGUGUAGAUAGUUCACCAAUGAGUUCCUCGCCGUUACGGUAUCUGCGCAGCGUCAUUGACUCGGUCACGUCAAGAAAACGAGGGUCUCCGGAUGCCGAGCGUGAGGUCUGGGAAUUGGCCCUUUGGGAUCCCAAACCAUUCAAUCUUACACUAUUCACGCUGUUCUCGCCAGGCCAUCUCCUGCUUUACUGCUCGCUGUUGCCACCGGCACGCUCGGAUACAAGACCGUCGGUCACGGUAGCUACAGCAUUGGGAUUUGGCGCCCUACUCUCACUACAGCUAAUGCUGCUCAAAUACUCGUUCAGCCAGCAGUCUAAAGACGCCACUCUUGUUCAUGGCGAGGUCAUGAACGAGUACGAUACGAAGUUUGUUCGACCUUCGCUGAACAGACCGGUGCGUGAUGUCGGCACCCAGACGCGCGAGAGCACUACGUCGCCACGCGGUGUGAGGACUCGCGAGGUCGACGUGUACACGCCGACCACCAUCGUUAACCGUGGCUUCAGAACAAACCCGAAUCCAAACUAUGCCCGUCACUUUGACCCGGACAACCAAAGCGCAACUGAAGAACAGCGAACACAAAGAGCGCCCGCGGCAUCCUUGCUGGCAACACCGAACAACGGUCCAUAUGUCAACGGCUCCGUGCAAUCAUCCUAUUUUCGACCUAGCGCAUACGCAAGCGCAAGCGACUUCUCAUCGCCUUUAAAGCCGCACCAUGAGCGCUCACAGCCGAGCCGAGGCGAUGGAGGCAGCAUGGGCAUCUACAGUCAUGCAGCCAGUCCAAUGCGGAAGGCUGCUGACAGCAAUCACUUGCGGCCCGCUACGAACGGUGCGCCUGUGAGACAAGGCAGUCCACUCAAGCGCAUGAACACGCCUGGUGGUGCGCUCGGGGCGAAUCGUGACAGCGCAGUUCGACGCGAUACGGGGCGUUUCUAGUCGUUCGUUCCAGUCACUCCAGCGAAGCGUGCUCUUCAAAGCUGCCGCGGUGAUUUAUGAUGUAAAGGUAGAAUAGCUAGUGUACAUGCCAUGACUGAACUGGAAAUCUGUCUCUCGUGCAGUGCCCUGGUGGCAGGCACUUAUUCUAUGACUCGCAAAAGAACGGG